AUGGAAACAUCAAAUGAUAUUUCUGACUCCUGGGAAACAGAUACAGGAAUCCUAGAUUUAUUAUGGGAAUGCCUACUGGCAGAAAUUCUAGGCUGGCUGAAAUACAGGACUCUUGGAGCUCUCUCAAGUAGGAGGGACCAGGAAAACCACACUGAGAUGGCACUUUAGUUGUGGGGGUUUCAUGUUUCUCUACUGUUCAUGAGAGAGCUGGGGUGAUGAGGAUUGAGAUGGUGGUGUGAGAACAGAGAAAGCAGCCAGGACCAGGUUUGGCUUCUUGUGUAUUGGGCCCUGUGAGGACUUUUUAGGUUCCUUUCUUUGUGUGUGACAUGAGUAACCAUGACAAGCAGCACCUGCUGAAACAGGAUGUCUUGGAUUGCAUUAAACAUUAAUAUGUUGGAUUGACUCCUGUAGGUGUAAUGUCUACAGUAGACCUUUUGCAAAGAGGUUAGUGAACUUUUUUAGAAUGAGGGAAUAGGCUAACAAAGUAAUAGGCAGGGCUUUUUCCUGUUCCCAUCCCUCAAAAGGUUGUAUUGAUUGGCUUCAACUCUCAAAAUUCUAGAAGCAACUGAAGCUUGUAAAUAUGGUAAAAAUGUGGUAUUCAAAUAUAUUGGCACCGAGUAGUUCUUUUCUGCCAGUGAGCUGUAAUACCUGGGGCUUGAAUGGAGUCCUGAUUCCUGUGGCUUUUAUCUCUGGGUUUUUCCUUGUUUAGAUUGGUCAUUAUCAUUACUGACGCACACUUAAGUUAUUACUGAUGCAUACUUGAGUUGUGUGUUGCGUUAGUGGUAAAGAGCACAGGACUCACAACAGGAGGAGGAAGGAGGGGGCUUAGGUUCCACAUACAGCUCCAGAUUAAGCUGUGUGACCCUGGGCAGGUCAUUUGCUUUCUCUAUUUUUCAUUUUCUCCCUCAUCAAUAAAAUGAAGUUGGUCUGCAUGGCCUUCUCACUCUAAGAUGCUACAUAUCUGUGCUUCCAUAGCUGGCUUGUUAUGAAGGCAGCUUUCUGUACAUAAAUCAGGGGUCUUGAGACCAUCUUUCUUCCCCUGGGCUGAAGGAACUCAAAGCUAUUUUCUCCUGGGAUUCACAGGAACAAGCUCUGGACAGUUGGGUGCCAUUGUGGUCUGUGGACUUUUACAGAAAAAGCUCUACCAGACUGUUGCCUUGAAACUGUUAAUCUGUUUGUCAUUAGUCAUUCCACCUGGCUGGUGGUUUUAAAACACUAAAUAGUCAUUGGAAAGUUAGGUAGAUUUCAUUAAAGCAAGACUUGAAAAAUAGUUGCUUCAGGAUCCCCAGGAGGCUUUUGCACUUGGGGUCGGGGUGAGGAAUGGAUAUUCAUAAGUUCAGUGUUGAUAUUCUGCUGCUUUUGGGGAGGGGUAGGGAGAGAGAGGGAGCAUUAAGCUCUCCAGACUCCUGGUGUUUGGGCAGGUCUAAGUCUGGUUUGGGCAGUUGGUUGUAAUCUGAGUGCCUGGACUUGCCCUGUAAGUUUUGCUGAGAGAGAAGCAAAUGUUCCUGAGACUGGAAGAGGAAAAGCUGCGUUUCAGGGUCAAUUUCAUAGGUGCAUUUGUUGUUUCUCAUAGCUAUGGUUUAAAAAACUACAUGGUGUGCUUUGCACGUGGUCCUGGAAAUGCUAUUCUUUCUCUUCUCCAGCACACCUGAAUUUCCAUUCUUUCUCUUCCUGGCUUAGUAGUUUAGAAGUGUAAUUUAGGUAUAUUAGAGAAAGGAAGCUUCCCUUUAUAAAGGAGGGAAAAGGGUAGAGGGAACAGUGUUUGAUAAUUCUGUGCUUGACACAGCAUCUUCUAUCGUCUCUGAAGGAACCAAAUGUUUCAGAGCUUUGUGUAAAUACUUGCUGAGCUGUCAAUAUGUACCCAGGAGGUUUCUGUAGUAAGAUGUAAACUGUUCUAUAGAAUGUUUGACAGGCAAAUUAAUAAACAGUUUUCAAGCAAAGAUAAUGCUAGCCUCCUCAUGUGGUGGAGUAAAAUAACAUUGGGGAAAAAGACUUGGGGAUAGGAAAAGGGUAGUGCUGGGGGGCAGUGAGUGUGGAGAUAAGAAGUGAUCUAAAAAAAAAUUGAAAUGGAAAGAUGCUGCCCUGGCAGUGAAACCUCUGUGGCCCUGGCUGCAUGCUAAGUUCAGGGCAUGUGGUAUCCUGUUAAAGUCAAUUGCAGUUUCAUAGUGAAAAUAGAAGUUUGGAAAGAAGAUCCUGACUGUCAAUAGUAAGCCAUCCAGUCCAAUGGAUCAGAUGGGCAAGAUGAGACCUCAGCCAUAUGGCGGGACUAAUCCAUACUCGCAGCAACAGGGACCUCCGUCAGGACCGCAGCAAGGACAUGGGUACCCAGGGCAGCCAUAUGGGUCACAGACCCCGCAGCGGUACCCGAUGACCAUGCAGGGCCGGGCGCAGAGUGCCAUGGGCGGCCUCCCUUAUACACAGCAGAUUCCUCCUUAUGGACAACAAGGCCCCAGCGGGUAUGGUCAACAGGGCCAGACUCCAUAUUACAACCAGCAAAGUCCUCACCCUCAGCAGCAGCAGCCACCCUACUCCCAGCAACCACCGUCCCAGACCCCUCAUGCCCAACCUUCGUAUCAGCAGCAGCCACAGUCUCAACCACCACAGCUCCAGUCCUCUCAGCCUCCAUACUCCCAGCAGCCAUCCCAGCCUCCACAUCAGCAGUCCCCGGCUCCAUACCCCUCCCAGCAGUCCACGACACAGCAGCACCCCCAGAGCCAGCCCCCCUACUCACAGCCACAGGCUCAGUCUCCUUACCAGCAGCAGCAACCUCAGCAGCCAGCACCCUCGACGCUCUCCCAGCAGGCUGCGUAUCCUCAGCCCCAGUCUCAGCAGUCCCAGCAAACUGCCUAUUCCCAGCAGCGCUUCCCUCCACCGCAGGAGCUAUCUCAAGAUUCAUUUGGGUCUCAGGCAUCCUCAGCCCCCUCAAUGACCUCCAGUAAGGGAGGGCAAGAAGAUAUGAACCUGAGCCUUCAGUCAAGACCCUCCAGCUUGCCUGAUCUAUCUGGUUCAAUAGAUGACCUCCCCAUGGGGACAGAAGGAGCUCUGAGUCCUGGAGUGAGCACAUCAGGGAUUUCCAGCAGCCAAGGAGAGCAGAGUAAUCCAGCUCAGUCUCCUUUCUCUCCUCAUACCUCCCCUCACCUGCCUGGCAUCCGAGGCCCUUCCCCGUCCCCUGUUGGCUCUCCCGCCAGUGUUGCUCAGUCUCGCUCAGGACCACUCUCGCCUGCUGCAGUGCCAGGCAACCAGAUGCCACCUCGGCCACCCAGUGGCCAGUCGGACAGCAUCAUGCAUCCUUCCAUGAACCAAUCAAGCAUUGCCCAAGAUCGAGGUUAUAUGCAGAGGAACCCCCAGAUGCCCCAGUACAGUUCCCCCCAGCCCGGCUCAGCCUUAUCUCCGCGUCAGCCUUCCGGAGGACAGAUACACACAGGCAUGGGCUCCUACCAGCAGAACUCCAUGGGGAGCUAUGGUCCCCAGGGGGGUCAGUAUGGCCCACAAGGUGGCUACCCCAGGCAGCCAAACUAUAAUGCCUUGCCCAAUGCCAACUACCCCAGUGCAGGCAUGGCUGGAGGCAUAAACCCCAUGGGUGCCGGAGGUCAAAUGCAUGGACAGCCUGGCAUCCCACCUUAUGGCACACUCCCUCCAGGGAGGAUGAGUCACGCCUCCAUGGGCAACCGGCCUUAUGGCCCUAACAUGGCCAAUAUGCCACCUCAGGUUGGGUCAGGGAUGUGUCCCCCACCAGGGGGCAUGAACCGGAAAACCCAAGAAACUGCUGUCGCCAUGCAUGUUGCUGCCAACUCUAUCCAAAACAGGCCGCCAGGCUACCCCAAUAUGAAUCAAGGGGGCAUGAUGGGAACUGGACCUCCUUAUGGACAAGGGAUUAAUAGUAUGGCUGGCAUGAUCAACCCUCAGGGACCCCCAUAUUCCAUGGGUGGAACCAUGGCCAACAAUUCUGCAGGGAUGGCAGCCAGCCCAGAGAUGAUGGGCCUUGGGGAUGUAAAGUUAACUCCAGCCCCCAAAAUGAACAACAAGGCAGAUGGGACACCCAAGACAGAAUCCAAAUCCAAGAAAUCCAGUUCUUCUACUACAACCAAUGAGAAGAUCACCAAGUUGUAUGAGCUGGGUGGUGAGCCUGAGAGGAAGAUGUGGGUGGACCGUUAUCUGGCCUUCACUGAGGAGAAGGCCAUGGGCAUGACAAAUCUGCCUGCUGUGGGUAGGAAACCUCUGGACCUCUAUCGCCUCUAUGUGUCUGUGAAGGAGAUUGGUGGAUUGACUCAGGUCAACAAGAACAAAAAAUGGCGGGAACUUGCAACCAACCUCAAUGUGGGCACAUCAAGCAGUGCUGCCAGCUCCUUGAAAAAGCAGUAUAUCCAGUGUCUCUAUGCCUUUGAAUGCAAGAUUGAACGGGGAGAAGACCCUCCCCCAGACAUCUUUGCAGCUGCUGAUUCCAAGAAGUCCCAGCCCAAGAUCCAGCCUCCCUCUCCUGCGGGAUCAGGAUCUAUGCAGGGGCCCCAGACUCCCCAGUCAACCAGCAGUUCCAUGGCAGAAGGAGGAGACUUAAAGCCACCAACUCCAGCAUCCACACCACACAGUCAGAUCCCCCCAUUGCCAGGCAUGAGGAGCAAUUCAGUUGGGAUCCAGGAUGCCUUUAAUGAUGGAAGUGACUCCACAUUCCAGAAGCGGAAUUCCAUGACUCCAAACCCUGGGUAUCAGCCCAGUAUGAAUACCUCUGACAUGAUGGGGCGCAUGUCCUAUGAGCCAAAUAAGGAUCCUUAUGGCAGCAUGAGGAAAGCUCCAGGGAGUGAUCCCUUCAUGUCCUCAGGGCAGGGCCCCAACGGCGGGAUGGGUGACCCCUACAGUCGUGCUGCCGGCCCUGGGCUAGGAAAUGUGGCGAUGGGACCACGACAGCACUAUCCCUAUGGAGGUCCUUAUGACAGAGUGAGGACGGAGCCUGGAAUAGGGCCUGAGGGAAACAUGAGCACUGGGGCCCCACAGCCGAAUCUCAUGCCUUCCAACCCAGACUCGGGGAUGUAUUCUCCUAGCCGCUACCCCCCGCAGCAGCAGCAGCAGCAGCAGCAGCAGCAACGACAUGAUUCCUAUGGCAAUCAGUUCUCCACCCAAGGCACCCCUUCUGGCAGCCCCUUCCCCAGCCAGCAGACUACAAUGUAUCAACAGCAACAGCAGAAUUACAAGCGGCCAAUGGAUGGCACAUAUGGCCCUCCUGCCAAGCGGCACGAAGGGGAGAUGUACAGCGUGCCAUACAGCACUGGGCAGGGGCAGCCUCAGCAGCAGCAGUUGCCCCCAGCCCAGCCCCAGCCUGCCAGCCAGCAACAAGCUGCCCAGCCUUCCCCUCAGCAAGAUGUAUACAACCAGUAUGGCAAUGCCUAUCCUGCCACUGCCACAGCUGCUACUGAGCGCCGACCAGCAGGCGGCCCCCAGAACCAAUUUCCAUUCCAGUUUGGCCGAGACCGUGUCUCUGCACCCCCUGGCACCAAUGCCCAGCAAAACAUGCCACCACAAAUGAUGGGCGGCCCCAUACAGGCAUCAGCUGAGGUUGCUCAGCAAGGCACCAUGUGGCAGGGGCGUAAUGACAUGACCUAUAAUUAUGCCAACAGGCAGAGCACGGGCUCUGCCCCCCAGGGCCCCGCCUAUCAUGGCGUGAACCGAACAGAUGAAAUGCUGCACACAGAUCAGAGGGCCAACCACGAAGGCUCGUGGCCUUCCCAUGGCACACGCCAGCCCCCAUAUGGUCCCUCUGCCCCUGUGCCCCCCAUGACAAGGCCCCCUCCAUCUAACUACCAGCCCCCGCCAAGCAUGCAGAAUCACAUUCCUCAGGUAUCCAGCCCUGCUCCCCUGCCCCGGCCAAUGGAGAACCGCACCUCUCCUAGCAAGUCUCCAUUCCUGCACUCUGGGAUGAAAAUGCAGAAGGCAGGUCCCCCAGUACCUGCCUCACACAUAGCACCUGCCCCUGUGCAGCCCCCCAUGAUUCGGCGGGAUAUCACCUUCCCACCUGGCUCUGUUGAAGCCACACAGCCUGUGUUGAAGCAGAGGAGGCGGCUCACAAUGAAAGACAUUGGAACCCCGGAGGCAUGGCGGGUAAUGAUGUCCCUCAAGUCUGGUCUCCUGGCAGAGAGCACAUGGGCAUUAGAUACCAUCAACAUCCUGCUGUAUGAUGACAACAGCAUCAUGACCUUUAACCUCAGUCAGCUCCCAGGGUUGCUAGAGCUCCUUGUAGAAUAUUUCCGACGAUGCCUGAUUGAGAUCUUUGGCAUUUUAAAGGAGUAUGAGGUGGGUGACCCAGGACAGAGAACGCUACUGGAUCCUGGGAGGUUCAGCAAGGUGUCUAGUCCAGCUCCCAUGGAGGGUGGGGAAGAAGAAGAAGAACUUCUAGGUCCUAAACUAGAAGAGGAAGAAGAAGAGGAAGUAGUUGAAAAUGAUGAGGAGAUAGCCUUUUCAGGCAAGGACAAGCCAGCUUCAGAGAAUAGUGAGGAGAAGCUGAUCAGUAAGUUUGACAAGCUUCCAGUAAAGAUCGUACAGAAGAAUGACCCAUUUGUGGUGGACUGCUCAGAUAAGCUUGGGCGUGUGCAGGAGUUUGACAGUGGCCUGCUGCACUGGCGGAUUGGUGGGGGGGACACCACUGAGCAUAUCCAGACCCACUUUGAGAGCAAGACAGAGCUGCUGCCUUCCCGGCCUCACGCACCCUGCCCACCAGCCCCUCGGAAGCAUGUGACAACAGCAGAGGGUACACCAGGGACAACAGACCAGGAGGGGCCCCCACCUGAUGGACCUCCAGAAAAACGGAUCACAGCCACUAUGGAUGACAUGUUGUCUACUCGGUCUAGCACCUUGACCGAGGAUGGAGCUAAGAGUUCAGAGGCCAUCAAGGAGAGCAGCAAGUUUCCAUUUGGCAUUAGCCCAGCACAGAGCCACCGGAACAUCAAGAUCCUAGAGGACGAACCCCACAGUAAGGAUGAGACCCCACUGUGUACCCUUCUGGACUGGCAGGAUUCUCUUGCCAAGCGCUGCGUCUGUGUCUCCAAUACCAUUCGAAGCCUGUCAUUUGUGCCAGGCAAUGACUUUGAGAUGUCCAAACACCCAGGGCUGCUGCUCAUCCUGGGCAAGCUGAUCCUGCUGCACCACAAGCACCCAGAACGGAAGCAGGCACCACUAACUUAUGAAAAGGAGGAGGAACAGGACCAAGGGGUGAGCUGCAACAAAGUGGAGUGGUGGUGGGACUGCUUGGAGAUGCUCCGGGAAAACACCUUGGUUACACUCGCCAACAUCUCGGGGCAGUUGGACCUAUCUCCAUACCCCGAGAGCAUUUGCCUGCCUGUCCUGGACGGACUCCUACACUGGGCAGUUUGCCCUUCAGCUGAAGCCCAGGACCCCUUUUCCACCCUGGGCCCCAAUGCCGUCCUUUCCCCGCAGAGACUGGUCUUGGAAACCCUCAGCAAACUCAGCAUCCAGGACAACAAUGUGGACCUGAUUCUGGCCACACCCCCCUUCAGCCGCCUGGAGAAGUUGUAUAGCACUAUGGUGCGCUUCCUCAGUGACCGAAAGAACCCGGUGUGCCGGGAGAUGGCUGUGGUACUGCUGGCCAACCUGGCUCAGGGGGACAGCCUGGCAGCUCGUGCCAUUGCAGUGCAGAAGGGCAGUAUCGGCAACCUCCUGGGCUUCCUAGAGGACAGCCUUGCCGCCACACAGUUCCAGCAGAGCCAGGCCAGCCUCCUCCACAUGCAGAACCCACCCUUUGAGCCAACUAGUGUGGACAUGAUGCGGCGGGCUGCCCGCGCGCUGCUUGCCUUGGCCAAGGUGGACGAGAACCACUCAGAGUUUACUCUGUACGAAUCACGGCUGUUGGACAUCUCGGUAUCACCGUUGAUGAACUCAUUGGUUUCACAAGUCAUUUGUGAUGUACUGUUUUUGAUUGGCCAGUCAUGACAGCCGUGGGACACCUCCCCCCCCGUGUGUGUGUGCGUGUGUGGAGAACUUAGAAACUGACUGUUGCCCUUUAUUUAUGCAAAACCACCUCAGAAUCCAGUUUACCCUGUGCUGUCCAGCUUCUCCCUUGGGAAAAAGUCUCUCCUGUUUCUCUUUCCUCCUUCCACCUCCCCUCCCUCCAUCACCUCACGCCUUUCUGUUCCUUGUCCUCACCUUACUCCCCUCAGGACCCUACCCCACCCUCUUUGAAAAGACAAAGCUCUGCCUACAUAGAAGACUUUUUUUAUUUUAACCAAAGUUACUGUUGUUUACAGUGAGUUUGGGGAAAAAAAAUAAAAUAAAAAUGGCUUUCCCAGUCCUUGCAUCAACGGGAUGCCACAUUUCAUAACUGUUUUUAAUGGUAAAAAAAAAAAAAAAAGAAAAAUACAAAAAAAAAUUCUGAAGGACAAAAAAGGUGACUGCUGAACUGUGUGUGGUUUAUUGUUGUACAUUCACAAUCUUGCAGGAGCCAAGAAGUUCGCAGUUGUGAACAGACCCUGUUCACUGGAGAGGCCUGUGCAGUAGAGUGUAGACCCUUUCAUGUACUGUACUGUACACCUGAUACUGUAAACAUACUGUAAUAAUAAUGUCUCACAUGGAAACAGAAAACGCUGGGUCAGCAGCAAGCUGUAGUUUUUAAAAAUGUUUUUAGUUAAACGUUGAGGAGAAAAAAAAAAAAAGGCUUUUCCCCCAAAGUAUCAUGUGUGAACCUACAACACCCUGACCUCUUUCUCUCCUCCUUGAUUGUAUGAAUAACCCUGAGAUCACCUCUUAGAACUGGUUUUAACCUUUAGCUGCAGCGGCUACGCUGCCACGUGUGUAUAUAUAUGACGUUGUACAUUGCACAUACCCUUGGAUCCCCACAGUUUGGUCCUCCUCCCAGCUACCCCUUUAUAGUAUGACGAGUUAACAAGUUGGUGACCUGCACAAAGCGAGACACAGCUAUUUAAUCUCUUGCCAGACAUCGCCCCUCUUGGUGCGAUGCUGUACAGGUCUCUGUAAAAAGUCCUUGCUGUCUCAGCAGCCAAUCAACUUAUAGUUUAUUUUUUUCUGGGUUUUUGUUUUGUUUUGUUUUCUUUCUAAUCGAGGUGUGAAAAAGUUCUAGGUUCAGUUGAAGUUCUGAUGAAGAAACACAAUUGAGAUUUUUUCAGUGAUAAAAUCUGCAUAUUUGUAUUUCAACAAUGUAGCUAAAACUUGAUGUAAAUUCCUCCUUUUUUUCCUUUUUUGGCUUAAUGAAUAUCAUUUAUUCAGUAUGAAAUCUUUAUACUAUAUGUUCCACGUGUUAAGAAUAAAUGUACAUUAAAUCUUGGUAA